GAAUAUUAUCUCGCCUGUCCUCUUACCGUUAUAAUAUUCAGUCGGUGAACAGGUGCGUGCUAAGGCGUUACGUUACAUUGACUGCAUCAGCGUUUAAACGAAUUUGGAAAAUUAAUGGAGACUGGUUUACUGCGGCUCAACUAGGGACAAAUCAUAUCAAGGAGUCCAAACCGGUACCACGGUAGGCUUUACUGGACGGACAGUAUCACACUGCAUUGUGGACUACUCUGUAUUGAGAUGGACUGUAAGUUAGGUGUCGUUUCGAGACGUCAGUUUGCAGGAGCUAUUCACGCAGUGCAAUUUGGCCACUAGUUGUAGGCUACUGUAUAUUGGGUCAUGUUGUCUGCGUUCAACACGUUGCCUGAGAGCGAGGCUGGAACAGGUCACUGGUUCACUCCAUCCAUAAUUUAGGAUGACGGCUCUUGAUCAAACCUGCUCGGUCUCCUCCCUGUUUCCUCACCCCGUCUCCAGAGUUCAAACGCCUCGUCAGCAGACUGAGCGCUCCUGAGCACUCGCUGUAGCUCUGAGCCUCCCUUGUUUGGCUUUCCAGGCUGACGUCCCGGGGAGGUGAUGCGACGGUUUGUCUACUGUAAGGUGGUGUUGACCACCUCUUUAGUGUGGGUGCUGGUGGAUGUGUUCUUGCUGCUCUACUUCAGCGAGUGUAACAAAUGUGAUGAUAGGAAAGACCGCUCGCUGCUCCCUGCCCUGAGAGCAGCGAUAUCUCGGAGCCAUGAGGGUCCAGGGGAGAUGGGCAAGGCAGUGAACAUCCCCAAGAACGACCAGGAGAAAAUGAAGGAGCUCUUUAAGAUUAACCAGUUCAAUCUGAUGGCCAGCGACAUGAUCACACUCAACAGGAGUCUGCCGGACGUAAGGUUGGAUGGCUGUAAGACCAAGCUGUACCCAGAUGACCUGCCAAACACCAGCAUUGUCAUCGUGUUUCACAACGAGGCGUGGAGCACACUGCUGCGGACAGUUCACAGUGUCAUCAACCGCUCUCCCAGGCAAUUGCUUGUAGAGGUUGUGCUAGUCGAUGAUGCCAGUGAGCGAGACUUCCUGAAGAAGAAGCUGGAGAACUAUGUGCGUACUCUGGAGGUGCCAGUCAGGAUCCUGAGGAUGGAGCAGCGUUCCGGUCUAAUCAGAGCCCGGUUGAGGGGGGCAGCAGCCACCAAAGGUCAGGUCAUCACCUUCCUGGACGCUCACUGCGAGUGCACUGUCGGCUGGCUGGAGCCCCUGCUGGCGCGCAUCAAAGACGACAGGACAGCAGUGGUGUGCCCUAUCAUCGAUGUCAUCAGCGACGAGACGUUUGAAUACAUGGCAGGCUCAGAUAUGACCUACGGUGGAUUCAACUGGAAGCUGAAUUUCCGCUGGUACCCUGUUCCGCAGCGGGAGAUGGAUCGACGCAAGGGGGACAGAACACUGCCUGUCAGGACUCCCACCAUGGCAGGAGGAUUAUUCUCUAUAGACAAAACAUACUUUGAAGAAAUAGGAAGCUACGAUCCAGGGAUGGAUAUCUGGGGCGGAGAGAACCUGGAAAUGUCUUUUCGAAUCUGGCAGUGCGGUGGCUCGUUAGAAAUUGUAACAUGUUCCCACGUGGGCCAUGUUUUUCGGAAGGCCACCCCGUACAGUUUCCCCGGAGGAACGGGCCAAGUCAUCAACAAGAACAACAGGCGCCUGGCUGAAGUCUGGAUGGACGAUUUCAAAGAUUUCUUCUAUAUCAUAUCACCAGGUGUGAUGCGUGUGGACUACGGAGACGUUUCUUCCCGUAAAGACCUCCGCGAGGCCUUGAAGUGCAAACCGUUUUCCUGGUAUCUAGAGAACAUCUACCCAGACUCCCAGAUCCCAAGAAGAUACUACUCGCUUGGUGAAAUCAGAAACGUUGAGACCAACCAGUGUGUGGACAACAUGGGAAGAAAGGAGAACGAGAAAGUUGGCUUUUUCAACUGUCACGGCAUGGGUGGAAACCAGGUGUUCUCUUACACGGCGGAUAAAGAAAUUAGGACAGACGACCUCUGUCUGGACGUCUCCCGCCUCAACGGACCUGUCGUCAUGCUCAAGUGUCACCACAUGAAGGGCAAUCAGAUGUUCGAGUACGAUGCCGAGUAUGUUGGCAAGUGGGAAUAUGAUUUCAAGCGACUCACCCUGCUGCAUGUGAACAGCAACCAGUGUUUGGACAUGCCGUCUGAGGAGGACAAGAUGGUCCCCACCCUGAGAGACUGCAACGGCAGCCACGCUCAGCAGUGGCUGCUUCGAAAUAUGACCCUGAGCGUCUGAUCCCUCGUCUCACCUCUCUCCCCCCCACACUCUGUCCUCAUCCUAACCAGCCCGGGCCCUCCACACCCACGCCAGGUGGUUCCUACCACAGCACACCAUAUGCCUCUCCCUGUAACAACAAAUACAGAGAUCCAGGCAGCAGCAGCUUAUCUUCCAUUAUGGCAUCUCCUUUUACAGCUCGCCACAGGUGUUAGAGAAGCUGCACCUGCCGUUAAGGCGACACGACAAGCUGUGGCUUUGGGGACCUGGCCUUGUCCGAACAGGAAGAACGAUGUGUGAGGUCUGUGCUUUUGAGAAAUCAAAGCACUCACUCUGCUAACCGUGCAUCCACUGUGCUGCUCAGAUCGCCGCUUAGCUGCUGGACAAACGAUUAAACAUAAGAGCAACUAUAACAAGAAUAUUGCAAGGCACGUCUCUGCGAUGGUCUGCAGUGUAAACGACCUUCCUUGUGCUGUGUUCAUGCAGUGCACUGGUGUCCACUGUAGGUACAAUCUAAAACAAGACUGUUGUUUUCAUGACUGCUGCUCAUCCUCUCUCCAUAUCAGUGUCUGAGUUACAUUCAAAUAACAGGAAGUGAUGACGUUAAUAGAGCCCGACCAAUACUGGAUUUGUGAGGGCGAUACUGAUGUUGAUAUUGGAGGGAUUAUGACAUCUGAUAAUGCUGUUGUGAGCUGAUACUGAAUUGUUCAUUCUGUUUGACUAAAGAUUAUCAGUUCUCUCUGGUGGACAAACUAUUUCUAAAAUACCUCAAACAUAUUUUUGGAAUUUCUUUACCGCAAUUUCUUUUGGUAAUUUUCAGCUGACAUAUAGGCAGAUAAUAAUGCAUCCAUGAUUAGCAUAUGUGGCCCGAUUUAUUGGUCGGGCUCUGGUUGUGAAGAUAAAACUUUGUUGUCCAUUACAUUACAUGAAAUGGAAUUUUUCUGUCAUCAUUCUGGCAACACGGUGUAAAACAGACAGUAAGAGGCAGCUACUUUAGGAUCUUUAUGAGAAAAAUAAAAUAGUGUAGCUAUAACAUCCUCCCAGAUUAAUCGCAUAAUGUUCCAUAUUAGUGAAACAGGAAUUAUAUGAAAAUGUGAGGCAGCUCAGAGUGCAGUAAUCAAGACUCUGCUAUUAGUAGAUAUAAUUGAUUUUGAAUGAAUGUAAGUUUUCCCUAAAUGAUGAAACUGCACUGUCAUCACGGCUAUCUGAUAGUGUUAUUACUCAAGUUUCUGCAAGUUUUCAGAUUCCUGCCACCGAUAUCUUGAGAAGUCAUGACGUCUUGGCGCUGGAUAGUUUCGUGUGCCUUUAGAAAGUUGUUUUGUAUUUGGUUCAUUGUUUUUAGAAAAUGGUGGAUUUAUUUUGGUGUUGAAAAAGAAGAAUGUUAAAUCUUUGCAAACACAUUGCAUAUUGAUAUUAAAUUAAUUGUCAUAUCUCAUGAGUAUGUCACCGUCAUAUUAAUGCUUGAUCAAACAUUUAGUUACAGUAAAGUCAACAUUCAGUAUAUCAACACUCACCCAUCACCCAUGCAACUGUGACAGGUACUUUUUACUACAUUGUUGAUCAGGAUCAGGCAACAAAUGUUAUUGUACAUAAUGUUGUUAACAUGUUUCUAUCACCAUUGUUGUUUGUUGUACAUACAGAACUAAUUAUUUUUCUAAGAUGCUGUAAAACUUGAACACUCCUCUGAGAAAAAAGACAUUGAAUGGUAUAAAGAUCACAAGGUAUUGCAGUGUUUUAUGUGGAAUCGUGGUAAUAAAAACCAGUGCUUACCUUGGA